AUGUUCUCUCGAUCGGUAUCGUUGCUUCUGCUCGUGAACCUAUAUCUCAUCCUCACUCAAGUAAAUCUUUCAAUCGAAAUCGAUGAUGUUGACUUUGCGAAUCUGAUUGAAUGGUAUAAUUUCUCCAUCUUUGUCUGUGGAAAUGAAUCAACUAUCGAAGUACAUCUGUUUGAUUGCGAGUUGCCCAUGGAAGUGCUCGAAAAUUUUGAUAAUGCAACGUGUUAUCCAACGACGAUUCAGUCAACUCAACAGACCACCACGACGAUGGACAUUCAACUAAUUAUUAACAAAUGUCCCGAUCCGAAUUAUAUAGGUAGUUAUUGUAACGUUACAAACGACAAGUGCAUAUCCAUGGAGCCAUGCGAAAAUAAUGCUGAAUGCAUAUCGAACUCAUCUUACCCAUUAGGAUAUCAUUGUCAAUGUUUAUCCGAUGAGUAUUCGGGUUAUAACUGUGAAAAUGAUAAUCGAGAUUGUAAGAACGAUACUUGCUGGCAUGAUGGUAAAUGUAUUCAAGACAGUAUUGCGAUUGAUAAUAAAACAACAUUCGUCUGUUUGUGUCGACAAGGCUAUGAAGGAUUAAAUUGUGAAUUAGUUUCGAACAUGUGCACAAACAUAACCUGCGAAAACCGAGGCGCUUGCAGAUCAUCGGAGUUAUCCUGGCAAUGUCAUUGUGUGGAUCCAACGGUAUAUUCAGGUGUUUACUGUGAACAUGAAAGUAAAUCGUUGGUAGUGAAGAAAGCGCUAGGAAAGUCAUUUGCAUCAAUAGCAAUUGCGGCUAUUGUUGUGGUGUUUCUAUUUGUUAUUGUCAUGGAUGUAUUGAAAUAUGGAUUUAUGAUUGAUCCAGUGGAGAGAGAACGACAAUUGAUGAAAGAUGAACGAAAGAAGAAGAAGAAGAAGAAAGUCGAUAAGAAGAUACAUGGGCGCAUAGCAAUUCGUUUCGUGUAUAUAGAUUCUUCUAAUAAUUGA